AUGCGCUCUUUCCUCACUUUUUGUAUAGGCCUUUUCGCCAUCACCGUCUCUUCUCAGUUCCAAAACAGCACCAACACCACCGUGCCUACGGCUCCGACGUCAAACGGGACAUACUACGGAGUUCACCAUCCGAACUGGCAUCAGGACUUCUUCGAGGGCAUCCCCUACGCGCAGCCACCCACCGGAAGCCGGCGUUUCCGCGAGCCUCAAUUACUGAACACGUCUUGGACCGGUCAGAAAAAUGCCACAGUUCUUGGAUCCAUGUGCUUCGGAUACGGGGCCACCCAGAUGGUCCUAGGCCAGUUUAUCUCCGAAGACUGCCUGACUCUCAACAUGUACCGCCCCUCCAACGUCUCCUCAUCCAAGGGCCUGCUGCCGGUCGCAGUCUAUAUCCACGGCGGUCUCUUCGAGCAUGGAACCGGGAGAGAUCCACGGUACAACAUGACCUCUCUCCUCCAGGUCGGUGUGCAGAACGGCCAGGAGUUCAUCGGGGGCGUUGCGAAUCUGGGUUUGAAGGAUCAGCGUCUUGCUCUCCGGUUCCUGAAAGAGAACAUUGAAGCCUUUGGCGGUGACCCUGAAAGAAUCACCAUCUGGGGCCAGGAGGCUGGUGCCUUCAGCGCUGGGCUCCAGCUUCUCGCGUAUGGUGGCCGGGAUGACGGCCUGUUCCAGGGCGCCAUCCUGCAGAGCGGUAGUCCGACUCUGAUGUGGCCGUCCGUUACCGCCGACGACUGGCAGCCUCUGUAUGACCAAUUCGUCAACGCGACCAAUUGCUCCGCUUCGACGAACACCCUCGACUGCCUGCGCAGUGUUAAUGCCGACGUUCUCUCGAGCGUCUUCGACAGCGACAUCACUACGGACGACCACCCGAACCCCGUUGUUGAUGGCGACUUCAUUCAAGACCUCGGGUCCAGGGAGAUGCAGGCUGGACAUUUUGUGCGAAUGCCGUUGAUACUCGGAACGACUCGCGAUGAAGGCACUUGGCAGCACUACGUUGUGAAGAACAUCAACACGACGGAUGAGUUCCUGAACAUGGUCAGGGAUGACGGGUUGAGUAAGGACGCUGCCAACGAGAUUUCCCGGCUGUAUCCUGAUGAACCGCAUCAAGGUAUCCCGGCUACGCUGAAAGGAAGGCCGGGGAACGAGACUGGGCUUGGGUACCAGUGGAAGCGUACGAGUGCUUAUACUGGAGAUAUGAUUAUGCAGGCUGGACGACGGCUGGCAAGUCAAGUGUGGGCCGGGAAUGAUGUCGACGUCUACUCAUACGUCUACGACGUCUUAUUCCAUGCACACUGGUGGCAGGCCGGCUCUCAGGAACAAGACGACAUCGCCUUCCUUUUCCACAACGUGAUGCUAUCCGAAGCUCUCAGCCCCAGCGACCAAGCCGAUCAGAAGUACACUUUUGAGCCGUUGAGUUACCUAAUGUGCAGCAUGUGGAUAAGCUUUUUCCACACUUUCGAUCCAUAUUACCAUCCAGUGAACGGUACCAAUGUUUGGCCCAAGUACAAUGCCAACAGCCCCGAAAACUUUGUCUUCGACGUAAAUGCUACCGAGUUGAGUCGUUCUGAGACGGAUGAUUUCCGUAGUGAAGCCAUCUCACAUUGGAUUGAUCUAUUCAGCACCAAUGAGUAUCCGAAGUAA